ACGGCCCCUGUGGACAGUCCCAAUGAUAUUGGUGGUGAGCAUGUCUGAGUGCUCCACUAUCCUGUGCUAAACUUAGCCCUGACAAUACCUACUCUCAUCACACUAACACACUCCAUGUAUUUGGGUUACAAUGGAACCAGUGGUGAAUGGUGUAGAGUUACCACCAAUGGAGCUGUAUUGCGAUAGGAACACUGGCCAAACAAGGUGAGCAUGUACAAUAGAAAUCCUAACUUGAACACCAACUAAGAUAGCUAUCUUGUCAAUGGAUUGGUGUAUCUUUUAAUGUCUGUAACAAACGGUAACUGCUGAUGUUUUCAUUGAUUCUUCAUUGUGAUUUUUCAGUGUGCACAGAGUGUAUACAAUGAUGUUAUGUUUGUAACAACAGUUGUCCCUUACUGUUGGCAGCCUAGUUUAUUUUCUUGAGCAAAAAUGAUUAAUCCAUGUACUUAUCCUCUUGUUAUCUGAUAAGUGUAAGACUGUGAUACUUUCCAAAAUAGGCUUGAACACGUGCAGGUAUAUGUUCUGAUUGACUAAUGUGCUUGGUGAAAUUCCAAAGACUUAACUCACUGCACUCUGUCAUCAUUUUAGAUAGAAAUUCUUAGCUUCUGGAGCUCUUUUCUCUCUUUCAUUUUGUUACUCAACAUAUCACCUUGGCGUUCUUCUGUGUCACCAUGGGCAACUAUAGCUCUGCCCUCACCGCGGGUAAGCCAUGCCACCAUUCUCAAAUCCUAUUUUACGUUCCUUUUAACUCGUUUAAUAUGCUUUAGAUUGAUCAAUGGCUCAACAAUUGAAGAAUGCCUGACACUCUGUGUUUUUAUGAUGCCCUCUGUUAUUUUACUUCAAAUCAAAUAAACAAUGUGUCUAAUGCAGUCUGUUGGUUUGUUUUUCAUUUUUUCCCCCAAGACAUUGAUGAUUUUGAUGCUAUCGUUUCGGUCACAGAGACUCUGAACCAAUUGGCAGCACAUGUGGAUGACCAAAGAUUUCAGUCACAGAUUCUCUCAUUGGUAAGUAUACUUCUACACACCGAUAUCUGAUAUGGUUAUCUGUUUGUUAUUGUAGAGUAGUGCAGCAUGUGAUAGGGUUGUUUAGUCUGUGAGGAGCUUGUCAACUACUCACAGCUCUGUUUGUGUCCCAUUUGUCCUUGAGUUAAAUUUAACAUUUGAGCUGGCAAGCUGGCGAACAACCCAAACACGCAUGCACAAGCAAGCAAACAUGCACAUUUAACAUGUGUUAGUAUUUAUAAAGGUACUGAAGUAUUCCAUAUUCUUUAGGGACACAAUUACAAUAACCACCUGUACACAUAACACGAUAUCUGUCAUUUUAAAAUAGUGAAAUCCUUGUCUCCUUUCAAUACUCAUGUUUAUUUCUCUGUUUGCUGUUGUCCUCUCAGGAUGCUCAGUCUAGCCCUGGCUUACAGGAAGAUGUACAGGUAGCCCCUACACAGGAGGGUGAGACGAAAGAGAAAACGGAGCUGGACCUUUCCUCUGUCAUAUCACUCAUCAGCACCCAGACAGCACCUACAAACACCCCUGUUUUACCUGUAAGUCCAUUUUCACCUUACAAUGCUUGCUGCCCAAUGUCAUUGCUUAUUCCUGUUGUGUUGGUUUAAAGACUAUCAAUUGUUUGACCAGUUUGUGCUGUUGUGAUGUGUUGGUGGACAGGUGGUUGAAAAGAAGCCUCACCGCCCUCCAAGGCCCACAAAGCUCUCCUCUUCAUCAUCCACUGGUGCCAGUGCCAGUGUUUCCCACCCCUUCUCCACCCUCCUCCCUGGGUCUCUCUCUGCUAUCCUGCGUGUGACCCUGCCCCCUCACCUCACCUCUAACCCCAAUCCCAGGAGGGAGCCAAGUGCCCAGGGCCCACUGACCCUAGAACAGCUGCGGACAGAGCUCCGGGACCUGAGGAACGAGGUAGAAAUGAUGAAGAGCCAGCACAAGUAAGUCUUUGUUUAUCUUUGCGUGUAACUACAGUAUGUCUUGUAUUGUGUUUUCCAAGUGUGCCUCUGAUUUAGGAUUUCUCUUCUCUAUGUGUUAGCAAAGAGAUUCAACUGCUGAUGAAUGAGCUGGAUGAGGAGAAAAGGAUCCGUUUGUCAGUACAGGUACUGUGCGUCUGUCAGCAGACACUGCAUAUGAUCCAAGUACUGAAUACAACACUCUAUCGGCGAUAUACCUAACAGAGAUUAGAUGUUUACCUACACUCUUAGAAAAAAAGGGUUCUUCGGCUGUGCCCAUAAAACUAUUUUUGGUUCCAGGUAGAACUCUUUUGGGUUCCAUGUAGAAACCUCUGGAAAGAGUUUUACAUGGAACCCAAAAGGCUUCUACCUAGAAUUUAAAGGGUUCUACCUGGACCCCAAAAUAGUUUUUCAAAGGGUUCUCCUAUGGGGACAGCCAAAUAACCAUUUUAGGUUCUAGAUAGCACCUAAUACAAUGUGUAGGCAUCGUAUUAGAGAUCAAUUUUAUGACAGGAACUUUUCCUGACUUAAGACAGGCUCUGUUUAUUACAGUCCAGAUUGAUGUUAAUGGUUGUAAUGAUUUCUUAUCAUGGUGCAGUGCUUGCUUACUGUUGUGUCCACUUGAUGUUACCUCUGGGUCUCAUGUCUGUGUGUUGUCUUGUGUCUCAGAUGGAGGUGGCACAGAUGAAGAAGCACAGGUCUAAA